AUGGCGGACGAGACCACUACCACCGCGCCAGUAGAGGCGCCAGCGCCUGCUGUUCCCGUCGAGUCUGAUAAGCCCCCUGAGACGACUGGAACCAACGGAGAGGCUGCGGCGCCUAAGCCAGACGACGAGACGACGACCGAGCAUGAAAAGAUCGAGGAGCCUGUCGCCAAUGGCGACAACGCGCAAGACGGCGACGCUGACCAGGACGAGUCUUCUGCUGACUUGACCCCAGCGUCAGGCGGCAAGGACAAGAAGAGGAAGUCUACUGGCGGUGUGCCUGAACACAAGUCGAAGAAGGGCAAGAAGAACAGCAACAGGCCGCCGCCCAAACUGCACCUUGACUGCAAGCCAGGUCAGUUCUACUGGGCGCGUCUGAAGGGUUACCCUCCAUGGCCAGCAGUCAUCUGUGACGAGUCCAUGCUGCCCGAGUCGCUUCUUGGGUCGCGUCCAGUCAGCACAGCACGCCCAGACGGUUCCAUUCGCGACGACUUCAAGGAGGGCGGGAAAAACGCCAAGGAGCGCACAUUCCCAAUCAUGUUUCUCGCGACGAACGAGUUCCAAUGGAUGAUCAACACCUCUCUCACACCGCUUGAGCCUGAGGAGUGCAAGUCACUUCCUACUACGAAGAUGACCAAGAUGCUUCAGCAGGCAUACCAGAUCGCCUCGGAAGGUCACGACAUCGAGUACUUCAAGGGCAUCUUGCGCACAUGGCAGGAAGAGCAAGAAGCGUACCGCCUCGCUGAGGAGGAGGCUGAGCGCGAAGCUGAGCGUCUUGCAGAGGAGCAAGCUGCGAAACUUGAGGCUGGAGAGGAAGCAGUCGUCGAGGAGAAGCCCCAGAAGAAGAAGGGACCACGCAAAAGCAAGGGCGGCGACGAAGAUGUCGAGGUGGAGGACGCAGAGGCACCAAAAUCCAGCAAGAAGCGUAAGAAGGAUGCGGAAAGUGAUGCCGAUGCACCAAAGCCAAAGAAGACGCCCAAGGUGACCAAGAUUAACGCACCGAAGACACCUGGCAGUGAGGCUUCUGCAAAGAAGUCUACUGCCAAGCCUAAGAAGAAGGUGGUAUCGGCGCCUAAGGAGGACGAGGGCGAGAACAAGCCUCAGCUCACCCAAGAGCAGAAGCUUGAGCAGCGUCAGAAGGCGAUCUUGUACCUUCGUCAUCGUCUGCAGAAGGGCUUCCUGUCACGCGACCAAGCACCCCAGGAGAGUGAGAUGGCAAGCAUGGCAGAGUUCUUCUCGCAGCUGGAGUCAUACGAGGAUCUGGAGCCAUCCAUUAUUCGCGAGACCAAGAUCCACAAGGUGCUCAAGGCCAUCGUCAAGCUUGCGAUGGUUCCCAGGGACGAGGACUUCAACUUCAAGAAGCGCAGCACGGCUCUCCUCGAGGUCUGGAACAAGCGCAUGGAGGCUGAUGGGGAUGCUGCACCUGCCGCUCCGGUUGUGAAGCCGGAGACUAACGGUGAGAAGGCAGCUGACAAGGACGCAUCAGCAACACCAGCAGCACCAGCACCAGAGACCAAGGACACGGAGAUGAAGGACGCUGAGCCAGAGGCGAAGGACACAGAGAUGAAGGACGCCGACAAGCCUAGUGUCGAGACUGUAGAGGCCAAAGUGGGGACUGCUGAGAAGACUGCCGAUGAGAUCGAGAAGAAGGUUGAGAGCGAAAAGCUGAACGCAACGUCUGAGCCUCCUCAACCUGAUGCAGACAAGGCGGCAGAUGCACCGAAGAACGACCCCGUUGAGCCCGCGAGCCUUGGGAACGGCGCGACGGACGAGAAGGACGAGAAGUAG